AGUUUGAGAAAGGUGCUUGCCGGCGACAGGCGUUAAGGCAAAGGCGUGCGUGCGUGUUUGUUGUGUUCAAGCUUUCAUAUCUGUUGUAUAUAUGUGUAUAUAUGUGCGUUUUGAGUCUCUACUGGUUAUGCUAUUUAUAUGCGCGCAUAUAUAUACCAGACGGGCAUGAAAAAUAAAUUUAAAUUUUUGAAAACCAACAACUUUGCGAAAAAGCGGUGGAUAAUGCGGGCGCCGCGUCAAUUGUGAUUUGUGCGCAAUCAUGUAAAGGUUGCCAAAAAUUUAGACGAAUUUCGAAAAAUAAUAUUUUUAGUGAAAAUUUUGUGCUUUUGCAAUAUUACAACAACAAAGUGCCCGCAGUGUGCUUCGCGUGAAAAUCGCCCUUACCUUUGCAUGUGUAUAUUUAUUUUAUUGGCUUCCGCGUUGCAAAAAGAAACGCACUUGAGAAAUGCGUUUGGCAGGAUUCGUCGUUAGUCGCCUAUCGUUGUCGUGCACGUCGUAGCAGUAAAAUCGAUAUUUCCUUGCUGUAUCUUACGGCGAAAGGUGCGCAGCAGCAGCGACGACGAUAGCUGCAGACGCAGCGCUGGCAGCGACGCGCCAACGCUGCACCUCUCAUAAAACUAACAACAAUUAAAUGUAUAACGGUAUAAACGCUAGCUACGAAUUGAAGUUGAGGAAGCAGCAAACGCCGGCGCUAUCAGCGCGCUGUCAGCGCUAACGCUUGUGCCUACAUUGGCGCUGUGGUUUGUGCUGCAAGCGUUCACAACUGUGUUAAUGCGACGACUACGACGACUAGAAAUAUGUCUGCCACAAUGGCGAUAGCGAUGGCGUUGCCGAAGACGAUGUCGUUCUUGACUGCGCAUUCGUUGUUGGCGUAUCCGUGUCUCGUUGAUUCGUGCCGCUCGGCUAUAAACACAAUCACAACCAACACCAGCACCAACGCAACAACAACUACAACUAAUACUACAGCUACUACUACUAUGCUGUCAUAUAGUACAUGCGCGCCGUUUUUAUUGUUGUUUUUAUUAUUGUUGCUACCGUCUGCAGUCAUAGCAUAUGCCGUAAAAUAUAUAAACGUGACUCGUACGACAUUGAUGUUGGCGACGGCGGCAGCGGCAGCGACGUUCUAAAUGCAGCUGCAUUUGUAUAUAAAGUCAUAAAGUCAGCAAGCAAGUUAGCGGACGGCGGAAAGUGUGUGCGCAUCGAUAAAAAAAAACACAAAAAAAUAAACUAAAUUGUCUGUGGUUCGGCAAGCGGCGUUCGGCGCUGCUAAUUUAACAAAUAAUAAACGCCGCGCUCAGUGGAAAACCGCAACGCGUUAGCGCUUUGUACGCGCCGCAGCAGUCAUCAUACUCGAAAAACACUGAGUUUAUAUUGUGUUAAAAAUAAUAAUGAUAAAGUUUGUUAGGCAAAAGAGUCGCGAGCAUUCAGUUAAAGCAUCAAAAAGUUUUUUUAAGAAAAAGGGCGAGUCGAAUGAUUCCGGUACCGAAUCUGAUGGUGACGUCCUAGAUGUUGACAAGCAUCGCCCUUUAGACUUGGACAUGGAAACCAGCUUAAGCUCCUGCGCCGAUGUGAAUUCGCCAACAACAGACACCGCCUGCUCUUCGUCAGCGUCUUCUGCGAUGAUGUGUCAAUCCCACCUUUUAUACGAUCAACACAGCUCCGAAGAGGAACUGGAAGUGAUCAAUGGCCCAUCAUCGGUAGCAGCCGCCGAAGCGGCAUCCAAUGUAUUGGUGGUGCGUGGCACCACCUCAUCACUCAUAUCGGAGCGUGGCUCGUCGUCGCUGGAGCCCGAAGAGCUAUUCGGCGAAGCAUCGACAUCGAAACGUUCCAGCUCAACUUUGGUUGAGAAUCGCAAACGAUCUCUGGCGCAUAGCUCCGAUGAUGACCUGAGAAACUUCUUGGAACCAGUAUUGACACCAGUGAAUUUUCGCACAUCACCACCAUUGGAAGCUUUCAAGCCAAACCGCAGCCACAAAUAUCGCUCCACAACGCCACUGAUACUAUCGGAGGCGCGUUGCGGCAUCGAAAAUAUUAAAUUAUGUGAUAAUAGUGUUAAUGACGAAAAUGGUGAGGCUGCUGCUGGCGGCGCGUCGUCAUGUGCCGCAACAGCGGCGUCGGGUGCGUCUAGCGGCAAUGCCGCACAGGCCGGCGGUGCAUGCGCUGCCAGCGGCAGCGGCGACAACAGUUCAACGAGUGUGAUUAAGGUGUGCGCCUCAUCGCUAAAGAUGAGCAAUAGCAGCCAUCAUAUCUAUCAGCCGCAACCCAAAUAUAAUUUCCACUAUAAUAGUUCGCGCAGUAGUCCCGCAUCGACGACCGGUCUCGAUGCGAUGGAGGUGCGCUCGGUUAGUCCACCGGCGAAACUCUUCCAUUCGGCUAGAUCACCACACCGCCGACCGAUACGCACACAACACGCCACACAGAGGCUACAGCGACCACAUCGGCCGUGUUUAGAUUUUGAUAAAAUGCAGCAAGUAAGUCUCUAAUGCAGCGCCAAAUCAAAGACUUUUUACUUCUCACUAAUUACAAGUAAAUGUACCUAAAAGCUCGCAUUACCCAUAACGAAAACAUGAAAAAAAGAAAACGAAACGAUGGCUAGAAUGAUAAUUACAGAGAGAGAGAGAGAAAGAGAGGGAGGAAGAGUGUGAAGGAGGGAGCGAGAGAGAGAGAGAGAUUGAAGAUUUUACAAUGAAAAUGAAUUCGAUGAAAAUUAUGUUUAUGGCGGUUUUGAUGGUGAGAUAAAGUAUACAUAUGAAGAGAAGGAAAAAGACGAAGGGAAGCAGGCGGAGAUGAAUGAGGAGCACAAAGAGAAGGCGAACAAGUAGGCGCAAGCGAAAGCAAGGAGCAAGCAAGCGCGUACAAUUAUUGAAAAAAGAAAGAGCAACUGGCGCUGUAGGAGUGAGUAGGAGAAGGAGAAAAAGAUGGCGAGAGCGAGAGAGAAUGAAAGACACAAUGCAAGUUGGAGAGGCUGCAGUAAAAUUGUUUAAAAUACAAAAAAAAUAUAUACAUGCAUACAUACAACAAAUAGAAGAAGAAGCGUACAUAUUUUUUCACCAUUUUAAAUUACAACAAAAAAAGCAACAACAAAAACAAUAUAUUGAGCAAACAAUAUUAAUUACAAAUUAAGCAAAUUAAUGUGAAAACAGUGUGAAGACAGAAUUGGUAAAAGGUAAUAAUUAAUUAAGCAGACGGUAGAAUGGCAGAAAGCAAAAAUUCAAACAUAAAUAAAGCGGAAAUAGAAAGAAAGUAUACAAAAAGCAAAAAAAAAAAAAAAACUAAAAGAAACAGUUAAUUAAAGGGGCGAAGGAGCAAAUUCAGCAAUUAAGGCAGAAGGGGACUUUAUAUUAGAAUAAAACUAAAAAAAGGCAAAAAUAUAAAAACAACAAAAAAAAAAACAAAAACAAUUUGUAAAUAUUGUAUUUGUGCAGUAAAACAAAAUAAUAAUAGACAUAAAGAUAGCAUACCGAAAAAUAUUAAAAAACUUGCAGCGAUGAAAACAGAAAGCAAAAAUAAGAAAUAAGAAAUAAGCAGUAAAAUACUAGUAAAAAGAAAAAUAAACACACAUACAAACCAAUAAACAACUCAAGCCGAAAAAAUAACUGAUUCAAAUAAUUAAUGCUAAAAACAAAUAAAUAAAACAAGAAAAAAAUACUUACAAAAUUAAACAAAAAAUAAAAUUAAAAUAAACAAAACAACAACAAAAACAAAAAUUGCAGUUAUAUAUACAAAAAAAAACCUAAAACAACAACAACAAUUUAGCAACAAAACUCAAUGUAUUUUAAUAAAUGGCAUACAAAGCAUGAAUGGCAAUUGUCUUACAACGUCUAAUAGCGUAGUAAUAUGUAUGUAAAAUGAGUCAAAAACAGAGAACAAGAGCGCAAAGCAAAAGUAAAAAAACAAAAAAAGCAAAUGUAAGCAGCGAAAUAAAUUUAAAAUAUUUACAAAAAACAGAACAGCAAACAGGUGAGCAAAAAAAAUAUAAUAAAAUAAUAUUGAUAGAAAAACAAUAAGAAACCAAAAAUAAAAACAACAAUUCAAGAAAAGCCCACGAGGACUUUGUACAAUUUUAUACAGUAAACAAAGCAGUAAACGAACCUAAACAAAUUGCAGCCAGAAAUAGACUAGCAUCUCAAGACAGCGAAAACAGCCCACAUUAAAAAAUAAAUAAAA